GUGACUAUCAAGUAGGUAAGCAAUCUAUGUAGGUACCAGAACUGGCGUUGAGUGUUGGUCGGUUCUAAUAUUGGAAACUCGAAUGUUGGCCGUAUCCUUUUCAUAUAUUUAUUUUGUUGAGCUCUCUACGUAGACAUCCCUAGGUUGGUUAAGUUUCGAAUAUUUCAACUUCUAUUCUGUUGAUAGGUAAAUAUGGAAUGUUUUUGUCUCUUCAUCUUUUCGGAAUCUACCAACCAUAGUUCCAAUUUGGUAACCUGCCAAUGAAUGUUGUUGAUAAUUACAUACGACGAAUAGGCUCGUUCCCUCUAACAGUCACCUUAAAGCAACACGUAAAGGUGUCUCCAGCACAUAUUCUUCCGAGGCUUGGGGACUGCCUAUUAUUCUGUCGGCUGCAACUUUCAUCAUUAAUCACACUCUCUCGCCAUAGCAACAAUAAUAGCAUAACCAAUAGCCAAAACCUCUUUCUCCUUUUUUGUCGUCUUCACCUUACAGAGCAUAUCUCAUCCGCCCUCUUGAGCUUGUUGGGAAUGGUGAGGUCUGGUUCCGAACGCUCAUUGGUGCGUAUUUUGGUGAUUCGGGCUUCAACGCUAACUCGAUUGGAACCCAAUGGUCCCUCCUCUCUGGCUGCGAUAUCUUCUUUGAGUCACGAUUGUUACUUUGAAUUGGCCAGGAAAAGUCACUCAGAUUCUAACCCUCGUGCCUCGUACCUCGUACCUCGUGGCCCGGCCCGAUCUUUUGGAUCCGGCGUCUCGCCUCGUCUCAUGUACAUGGUAGACACGCGCUUAGUGGCGCGGAAUUCUCGAAACACAGAAGGCUGCCUAUGCAUAUUCAAUCACUUCAGCUGGACAGUUAUCCCUAGGUACCUAGGACUACGUGCAUAUGCAUUUACCUUAGGUAUUGAAUGACGGCUUGCGGUCUACGGUGGUGAGAGUAGAAAGAAAGCCGCCCAGGUGGCGAAUCAUUGAACUUCCCCUGUAUGAUUGGGCUGCUAUAGUAUCAAGGGAUGCGAUGCUUGACAACUCCUCGGGACCCCUCGCGGCAUUUAGCAUUACAUACAUAUAUCGCGCUUCUCGAAUCAUAUGCCAUUCAUAAGCCAAGGCACGUUACGUAGAGCCCGU